UGUCAAAUCCAGCCAGUGACCACAUCAGCUAGCGAAGCCUCCACCGGCUCACAGACUGCUGGCUCAUCUAGCUUUUGUUGUCAGGGUUUCAAUCCGGUCCUCUAUCAUCGAUAAAUAAAACCUCUCGGAGAAUACUCCCAUUUUUGUUUGUUAAUCCGUUGGUCUCGUCUCUGCAUCCCAGCUACAAUGGCUGAUCCCAAAUACGCAAACUUGCCAGGAAUUGCCUUUAACGAGCCCGACGUCUACGAGACCGGCGACCUUCCAGAAGAUGACCAGGCUCAGUUUGAGUCGGAGCUGGAGGAGCUUUGCAGUGACAGUGUGGAGAGGAUUGUGGUCAACCCGAACGCCGCCUACGACAAGUUCAAAGACAAGCACGUCAGCACGAAGGGACUCGAUUUCUCAGACAGAAUCAGCAGAAGCAAAAGAGUGGGCUAUGAGUCAGGAGAAUAUGAAAUUCUUGGAGAGGGAUGUGGGGUGAAGGAGACGCCCCAGCAGAAGUAUCAACGGCUGGUGAACGAGAUCCAGGAACUCACUCAGGAGGUGGAGUCUAUCCAGGCCACCACAAAGGAAAGCAACGCCGAGGAGCGCCUGACCCCGGUCGUGCUCGCCCAGCAGGCAGCCCAGCUCAAACAGCAGCUGGUCUCCGCCCACCUCGACUCACUGCUGGGACCCCAGGCGCACAUCAACCUGGCCGACCCCGACGGAGCACUGGCCAGGCGUCUGCUAACCCAGCUGGAGGCUGCCAAGGGCAGCCGUGGCAGUGGCGCAGGAGAGAGCAAGGCGGCGGCAGCUAAGGGCCCAGAUGGAGUCAUACUAUACGAGCUCCACAGCAGACCAGAGCAGGAGAAAUUCAACGAGUCUGCCAAGAUGGCGGAAUUGGAGAAGCGUCUAGCUGAGCUGGAGAUGGCUGUUGGCUCAGGAUCAGACAAACAGGGCCCUCUGAGUGCUGGGGUACAAGGAUCCAGUUUGAUGGACACCUUGGAGCUCCUGCAGGCGAGGGUCAGUGCAUUGGACGCUAAUACUCUGGAUCAGGUGGAGGCCAGACUGCAGAGUGUCCUUGGAAAGAUGAAUGAGAUUGCUAAGCACAAGGCAGCCAUUGAGGACGCCGAUACACAAAACAAGGUGUCGCAGCUUUAUGACGUGGUGCAGAAGUGGGAUGCCAUGGCCACCUCUAUACCUCAGGUGGUGCAGAGGCUCAUAGCCGUCAAGGAGCUGCAUGAGCAAGCCAUGCAGUUCGGGCAGUUGUUGACCCACUUGGACACAACUCAGCAGAUGAUCAAUAACUCCCUGAAGGACAAUAACACCCUGCUAACACAGGUCCAACAGACCAUGAAGGAGAACCUGGUGGCAGUAGAAGAAAAUUUUGCUGCACUAGAUCAGAGGAUGAAGAAGCUCUCCAAAUAAACAGAAGCAAAAUCAGAACAGGUCCAGGGGCGUGGAGACAUUGGACAGGAGAAGGCUUAGAGAGCAGAGGGAGGUGGAGGACACUGUGUUAACUCUGCCACCCCUCUCUUGCUCUCUUCCUGCACCUCUUUUUGUUUUCUUUUUCUUUCACAAAAGCCGAAUGUUAUAGAAAGUGGGGAAAAGAUAGAGCAUCAGAAAUGGAGACCAAAUUUUCAUGUCUACUCUCCCCUCCUCUUCCUUUAUCUUGCAUUGAUUUGAUAUCAGCUGAAAUGCAUCUGUCCACUCUUUACAUACCACUGAUUGCAAUUCCCUGUUAAGCUUGUUCAAUUUUAGACUGGGUUGUUUUUAUAAUUCCUAGUAUUCUUCCAUUCCCUUGGGAACCUUUCACACUAGUUCUGGGUAUGUACAGUAUGUUUUGGUCCACUAAGUGAUUCACGGUGCUGUCGGACAGCUAUCUGACAAGUGAAAGAUUGAGGACGCGCUUUCAACUGUGCACAAGAAUCAAGAUCCAUCGUCUCAAUGUUGUAGCAGGGGCACAUGUGUGCAUGUCGGGGGCAAGUUGCGGAAGGAAUGCUUGUAAAUAUGCCUGUGUACCUUAUGUUUCUUCAUGCUCAGUCGCUUGUAACUAUAUUAUUAUGACUGAGACCAGAUGCCACAGACAAACUUUUAAUCUGCUUUGUCAUUGCCUAUAAAUUAACUGUAUCGUACAUCUGUGGUCAUGGAAACUGAACAAUAAAACCAAGUGCUGUAAGCUGGACUCCUUU